UGGGGUGAGGGGGCGAGGCCGCGACGAGGGCGGCGAAACUCUCCUCCCCUCCUGCCCCACCGCGCGGGCCGGCGUGAACGUGGUGUCGGAGGGAUGUCCGCCUUCUCUGAGGCGGCGCUGGAGAAGAAGCUGUCGGAGUUGAGCAACUCGCAGCAGAGCGUGCAGACCCUGUCCCUGUGGCUUAUCCACCACCGUAAGCACUCGCGGCCCAUCGUCACCGUGUGGGAGCGGGAGCUACGCAAAGCCAAGCCAAACAGGAAGCUUACUUUUCUCUACCUAGCCAAUGAUGUCAUUCAGAACAGCAAACGGAAGGGGCCGGAGUUUACCAAAGAUUUUGCACCAGUUAUAGUGGAGGCUUUUAAGCAUGUUUCAAGUGAAACUGACGAAAGUUGUAAGAAACACCUUGGAAGAGUGCUGUCUAUAUGGGAGGAGAGGUCUGUUUAUGAAAACGACGUAUUAGAGCAGCUUAAGCAAGCUUUGUAUGGUGAUAAGAAGCCUAGGAAGCGAACUUAUGAACAGAUAAAGGCGGAUGAAAAUGAAAACUGUUCAUCUCUUGGGUCACCGAGUGAACCACCCCAGACUCUAGAUCUCGUUAGAGCAUUGCAAGAUCUAGAAAAUGCCGCUUCGGGUGAUGCAGCGGUUCAUCAGAGGAUAGCUUCUUUGCCCGUGGAAGUGCAAGAAGUAUCCCUGCUAGAUAAAAUAACAGAUAAAGAAUCUGGAGAAAGGCUUUCUAAAAUGGUAGAGGAUGCUUGUAUGUUGCUGGCAGAUUACAAUGGCAGAUUGGCGGCAGAAAUAGAUGAUAGGAAGCAACUCACUCGAAUGUUAGCUGAUUUUCUUCGUUGUCAAAAGGAAGCCCUUGCAGAGAAAGAGCAAAAAUUGGAAGAAUACAAACGCAAGUUAGCCAGAGUUUCCCUGGUGCGCAAAGAACUCAGGUCCCGGAUCCAGAGCCUGCCAGACUUGUCCCGAUUGCCCAAUGUCACUGGCAGCCACAUGCACCUGCCCUUUGCGGGAGACCUCUACACUGAAGAUUGAUGACCAGUCUCUACAGGGCCCAGGACUUUGCAAGAGAUGGAGACAGUACUGAGAGCUGUCUGGAGUGGCAAUUUGAACCGAUUCUCUGGCGCUCCUUCUGCUCCUUCCAUCACUACAGUAAGUAAAAGAAUCUCUGGGGGAAUUGGGAAGCUGAACAUGUCAGAUGUGCUUAAGAUGCAGACUGCCCCUGUCCAAGGAAAACCUCAGCAGGUGCAGCACUCGUGGUCCCUCUUCACACAUGCACUCUGAACCAGGAUUUUUCUAUAAGAAAGCUUUGAGAGUCAGCUACAUCUGGGAUAAACCAGUUCACCUUGAUUUGCAGACUUUUAAAAAAAGCGACACUAAAUAGUUGUCACUGGCUGAGCAACUCAUCUGUUACAGUUCUUGAACUGGUUCUGAGAAAUCUUUAGAGAGAAAAAACUCAAAGUUACAAAAUAAUGAGGGAAAUUAGAAGGUCCUUUCUGAAUUUUCCAUUAUACAAACUGACUUUCUAUGAAUAACAUAAAUCUACAAAACUGUUGUGUAUUCUAUUAGGAAAUAGUCCUAAAGAUGUAGUCUUGUUUCAUAGUUGUUGCAAUAUAUCAGAGCAUUUAAAGCAUAGAGCCAGUUCUCUGUUUAGAAAGGGAACAUUGUGUAACUUAAGGAAUUUAUUUAUAACAGAGCCUUUGUUGCCAACUGUAAUUCCAGCCAUCCACACCUGAGUCUGUUCUGAGGUGGAAUAGCACACGGGAAGAUGAACUUUCCCUGUUUGUUUACCCCUUUUCUUUGACUGUAUCUGAUGGAAGUAUAAAAUGUUCUUAAUAAAGUUUUAUGUUCUUUU